AUGGCCGUAAACGACGAUACGAAAGUGAAUCUGGUUUGUACUCCCAAGGUUCUUAUCGACAACGUGUGGAAGGUGGAUCUAACAAGACACCGUCCCACUCCCAUCGAAUAUAGGCGGAAGGCUCUGUUCCUCGAAAUCAUCGAACGGAAACCAUCUAAUCUCGCUCACGGAGCGGAGAGCGAGCAGACCCUCGCCGAUCGCGGCUCUAGUCUAGACUGCGAAGACAAAACUGUACCUGGCCUAACAUUGGGCGAGUAUUCCGCGAACCUUGCUACGCCGUUGAAUGUCGGCGAAUCUAGGAACAGCCCCCGUGAACAGGGGCAGAACCAAGGAGGGUUAGAAAGUAUAAGCGUCCAACCCGUGACACCCGCCGAUGCUGCCUUCAUAACCGCCAUUAUCGCUACUCCAGCCGACCUUCAGAACGUCUUCCACUCCCCUAGGGCUUGGGCACUUGAAAACGGUUUCCAACCGGCUAGCCUGGCCAAUAUCUCGAUUAAACCGCUUUCGCCCGACCGUUAUUGGCUCCUGACGGCUACGAUAUCGCGACGUUCUAGUGGGGUGGAUGAUCUAAGACGAUAUCGCGCUGGGAGGAGAGGGAGACAGUCGCCCGAUCUAGACGCGAGCAGCGACUAUCGUCCGAGCGAAGGUGAAACGGUUUUGCGGCGAACGAAGCGAGGUCAGUGGACGGCAGAAGAGGAUGAUAACUUGACACGGUGGCGGCGUCUGGGCAAGUCUUGGCCGUGGAUCUUCGCUCGGUUUCCCGAACGUUCUGAAGCUGCCGUGCGAUCGCGUUGGUUCGUGGUCCUGGCACCACGGAAGUAA